CCGCCCCCGCCACUCCCUCUCCCCACCGCCUUCCUUCUCCUCCAGGGCAAUGCCCAUCCCCAGCCAACCCAAUUCUGAAUUUGCUUUUCUUUCUCCCCAGAACGGGCUCUCUCUCAGAUCUCCCGGGACCCUUCUUCUGUGCUUUGCAAAACCAGGGACACAGCUCCUUGGCUGGCUGGGAACCAAGCUGCAGAGCAGGGCUGCUUCUCAGCUCAGCAGAUGCUAAGGUGUUAAGUGCCGCCUGUCCAGCCUCCACGGAGACAGAGAGACAGACGGUGGCUGGUCCAGUUCUUCCCUACCCAGCUGGUUCCAGUUAUGGACCGGUACUUGAGCUCUGAGCAGCAGCCCUGGAGUGUGGGGGCCUCACUCAACCCCUCAGGUGGCUGGGGUGAGGCAACCGAGGAAGGGACACUCUGGGAAGAGAGCACAGGUGGACGUCCAGGAGAGACAGAAAUCAAGCGGGAAGAGGGAGACAAGAAGAAAGACAGAGAGACACCUGUAGCCCUGCUUUACCACUCAAAAAGCUUUCCCCCUGAAGAAGGUGCAAGAGUCUGCUUGGAGAAGAUUACUGCUCCUAUCUUUCUCGGCAGUGUUGCUUGGGAGAGCUGCUAUUCUAGCACGAUAGAGCCAUCUCUUCACGCUCUCCAGAAAUUUGUCCCUACGGACUAUGCCAGCUAUACUCAGGAGAAUUAUCUGUUCGCAGGCAAGAAUAUUGUUCUCCAGGAAUCCAUAGAGAAUUAUGGAGCUGUGGUGUGGCCAGCGGCCAUCGCUUUAUGUCAGUAUUUGGAGGAACACAGAGAAGAGCUGAAACUCCAGGAUGCUAAGAUCCUUGAGCUCGGUGCUGGGCCUGGCCUUGUUUCCAUUGUGGCCAGUAUUCUAGGAGCUCAGGUCACAGCAACAGACCAGCCCGACGUCCUCGGCAACCUCCAGUACAAUCUUCUGAAGAACACACUACAACGCACAGCUCACCUACCCGACGUGAGGGAGCUGGUGUGGGGCGAGGGCCUGGAGCGGAACUUCCCUAGGUCAGCGUGUUGUUACGAUUAUGUCCUGGCCUCUGACAUCGUUUACCAUCACUACUGCCUGGCCUCGCUGCUCAGCACCAUGGUGCACCUGUGUCAGCCGGGGACCGUGCUGCUCUGGGCCAACAAGUUCAGAUUCAGCACCGAUUACGAGUUUUUAGAUCAAUUCAAGCAGGUUUUUGACACCACGCUCUUGGCGGAGUUCCCGGAGUCGUCGGUCAAACUUUUUAAAGGGACACUAAAGUGCGACUGAAUAAAAUGCCUGUUCAAGUGGGUCGGGCGGUAGUGCAGCGGGUUAAGCGCAGGUGGCACGAAGCGCAAGGACAGGAGCAAGGAUCCCAGUUUGAGCCCCCAGCUCCCCACCUGCAGGGGAGUCGCUUCACGGGAGGUGAAGCAGGUCUGCAGGUGUUUAUCUUUC